GCGGACCAAACAGUAUCAUCUAGUUUGUGUGCUCUAGUGCGUCUUAUUACGGGAGAGCCAUUCCCUUUUUGGGAAUUGCACUUCUGAGUACUUUCCUUCCUUUUUUUGGUUUGCAUUCCUAUUUCAUUUUACACUCGAAUUAUCUUGGUCGGAGUUUGAAGAGAAAUUAAGAGACCUGCAGGAAAAAAUGACGGUGACUCCGAGGAUCACGAUAAGCGACGGAAAUCUGGUGGUACACGGGAAAACCGUCCUCACGAACGUCCCGGACAACAUCGGUCUCACUCCCGGAUCAGGUGCGGGCCUCGUCGCGGGGGCCUUCAUUGGUGCGACCGCAACGGACACCAAGAGCCUCCACGUGUUCCCAGUUGGAAAGCUAGAGGGGUUGAGGUUUAUGUGCUGCUUCCGGUUUAAGCUAUGGUGGAUGACGCAGAGGAUGGGGAGCAGCGGUCGGGAUGUGCCGCUGGAGACUCAGUUUAUGCUCGUUGAGUGCAAGGGCGAGGCGGCGGAUGAGGAGGAGACGGUUUAUGCGGUAUUCUUGCCGUUGCUGGAGGGGCAAUUUAGGGCGGUGUUACAAGGGAAUGAGAGGGAUGAGGUUGAGAUUUGCCUUGAAAGCGGUGAUGAAUCGGUGGAGACUAAGCAGGGGAAUUAUUUGGUGUAUAUGCACGCGGGGACCAAUCCAUUUGAAGUCAUCAACCAAGCAGUCAAGGAGGUUGAGAAGCACUUGCAGACAUUCCAUGAUAGAGAGAAGAAGAAGUUGCCUUCUUUUGUGGACUGGUUUGGGUGGUGCACGUGGGAUGCUUUCUAUACUGAUGUCACUGCAGAGGGAGUCUAUCAAGGCCUCAAAAGUUUAUCAGAUGGUGGCACACCUCCAAGGUUCCUAAUCAUAGAUGAUGGCUGGCAGCAGAUUGGCAGUGAAGAUAAGGAACAAUCAAACGUCGUUGUUCAAGAAGGAGCACAGUUUGCGAGCAGACUGACAGGAAUCAGGGAGAACUCCAAAUUCCAGAACAAAAACAAUGACACGAACAGCCAAACACCAGGGCUCAAACUUCUUGUAGAUGAAGCAAAAAAACACCACAACUGCAAAUAUGUCUAUGUUUGGCAUGCUCUAGCCGGAUACUGGGGAGGAGUUAAGCCAGCAGCAGAGGGCAUGGAGCACUAUGACUCUUCACUAGCUUAUCCAGUUCAAUCCCCCGGAGUCAUGGGAAACCAACCCGAUAUAGUGAUGGACAGCCUCUCAGUCCAUGGACUUGGCUUAGUCCACCCCAAAAAAGUGUAUGAUUUCUACAACGAGCUUCACCAAUACUUAGCCUCUUGUGGUGUUGAUGGAGUCAAAGUCGAUGUUCAGAACAUAAUUGAGACUCUUGGUGCUGGACAUGGGGGUCGUGUUUCUCUCACUAGAGCAUAUCAUCAGGCUUUAGAGGCUUCAGUUUCAAGGAAUUUUCCUGAUAAUGGGUGUAUUUCUUGUAUGUGUCAUAAUACCGAUGGGCUUUAUAGUGCCAAGCAGACUGCGGUGGUUAGGGCUUCUGAUGAUUUUUAUCCCAGGGAUCCGGCAUCGCAUACUAUUCAUAUAUCGUCUGUGGCAUAUAAUACGUUGUUUCUUGGGGAGUUUAUGCUGCCUGAUUGGGAUAUGUUCCAUAGCCUGCAUCCCGCUGCAGAAUAUCAUGCUGCAGCUCGAGCUGUUGGUGGCUGUGCUAUAUAUGUUAGUGAUAAGCCAGGCCGCCAUAACUUUGAGCUACUAAAGAAAUUGGUGCUCCCUGAUGGCUCAGUCCUCAGAGCACAACUCCCAGGUCGCCCCACCCGUGAUAGCCUCUUCAGUGAUCCUGCUAGAGAUGGCACAAGCUUACUCAAGAUAUGGAAUGUGAACAAGUGCACGGGCGUGGUAGGAGUGUUCAACUGUCAGGGUGCAGGUUGGUGCAAGGUAGAAAAGAAGACUCGCAUCCAUAAUGCUGAUCCUGGCAUUCUCACUGGCACUGUCAGAGCUCAGGAUGUUGACAAUAUUGCCCAACUUGCUGGUCCAGGCUGGGAUGGCCAAGCCAUCAUCUACAUCUAUAAAUCAGGAGACGUUAUUCGGAUGCCAAAGGAUGCAACGUUGCCAGUUACACUGAAAGUCCUAGAAUAUGAACUCUUCCACAUUUCUCCUCUAAAGGAAAUUGCACCUGGCAUAUCGUUUGCACCCAUUGGACUCCUCAACAUGUUCAAUUCUGGAGGAGCAGUGGAACAAUAUAAUGUCAAGAUGAAUAGAGACGACAAUAUCAUCUCCGAUGCACAAAAUUCCCUCGGCGAUGACAGAGCAGCUACUGCAACUAUAAUGCUGAGAGUCCGUGGCUGUGGUCGGUUUGGAGCUUAUUCAUCUCAGAAGCCAAUUAGAUGCACUUUGGAUUCCUCUGAAGUUGAGUUCAGCUAUGACUCAGAUUCUGGGCUUCUGACAUUGAAUAUUCCGGUGCCAGAGAUAGAAAUGUACAGAUGGAACUUGGAGAUCCAAGUUUAGAGGGAGACUCAUGUGAUUGGGUUAUUGGUAUCAGGGGGUGAUUUGAGUCUGCAUGUUGUAGUUUUUUUUAGAUCAAACUCUAUAUGCAUGUAAUAUAGUAUGAGAUGAGUUAUGUAUUGCGCUUCUUGUAGUAUUUGCGUCCACCGCUUAUGCAAUAAAGUAUCCAAGUAAACUAUUUA